GUAAGGUACUCUAUAAGGUGCUAUCAAAGGUGCUGGCUAACAGACUAAAAAGGGUGCUGAAUGAGGUGAUUGUACCAAAUCAGAGUGCAUUUGUGCCUGGCAGACUAAUCACUGACAAUGUGAUGAUAGCUUUCGAGUGUUUUCACUCGAUGAAAGCGAAGAAAUCAAGAAAUAAGGGUUAUGUGGCUGCUAAACUAGACAUCACUAAAGCUUAUGACAGGGUCGAAUGGUCCUUUCUAGAGGCCAUUAUGUUGAAGUUGGGUUUUGAUCCUAGAUGGGUUCAGAUGGUGAUGACUUGUGUCACCACUGCCUCUUUUUCCACUCUUGUUAAUGGCCAUCAAACAGAGAAGUUCUAUCCUAGCAGAGGACUAAGACAGGGGGGUCUAAUAUCUCCUUAUCUUUACUUAUUCUUGGUUGAAGGCCUAUCAGCCCUAAUAACUAAGGCAGAAAGGGAGAAACAGAUUGAAGGCCUGAAAGUUAAGAAGAAUGCACCUCAGAUUUUCCAUCUUCUAUUUGCUGAUGACAACAUCCUGUUUAUGAAGGCAACUAAGGCUGAAUGUGAAAAAGUGAAGGAAAUUAUAAUUGUGUAAGAGGCUGAAUCAAGCCAGCAGGUUAAUCUAACCAAAUCAGAGCUAUCUUUUAGUCCAAAUGUGAGAUAUGAGAGGCAGAAGGAGCUAGCUGAUAUUCUGAAUAUGAAGAGGGUGGACUAUCACCAAAGGUACCUGGGUUUACCUACUAUCAUUGGAAGAUAAAAAAGCAGGUGUUUGGCUAUUUGGUGGAUAGAGUUCGAGCAAAAGUGAAGGCCUGGAAGGGGAAGCUACUAUUUGUGGCAGGCAAGGAAGUUCUUAUUAAAUCUAUAGCUCAGGCGCAAAUGACAUAUGCCAUGUCAGUGUUCCAAAUUCCGAUUAGCACUCUCAAGGAAGUUAAAAGAGUCGUGGCUCAUUUCUGGUGGGGCAACAACAGGAGGAAGGGAAGACUCACUGGUUAAACUGGAAAGAACUUUGUAAACGCAAAAAAUUGGGUGGAAUGGGGUUUAAAAAGCUCCAGAGCUUUAACUUAGCUCUACUGGGAAAGCAACUAUGGCGGAUUGUUCAAUUUCCUGACACUCUAGUGGAAAAGGUGCUUAAAGCAAAGUAUUUUGAUGAUAGAAACCCUCUGGAGGCAGAAAUUGGGGAAAAUCCAAGCUGGGUGUGGCGUGGAUUAAUGGCGGCAAAGGAUCUAGUUAAAAGGGGGAUGAGAUGGCGGGUAGGGAAUGGCAAUAAAAUAGAUAUAUGGCUUGACAAAUGGGUGCCUUCUAGUAAAUCUUUGCGAGUCACCUCGCGAACAUCUCCCUGGGGAAAUUCUACCUCAGUGGCAGAGCUAAUUGAUCAUGAAUUGAAGUGCAGGCGCACAGACUUGUUACAGAGUUUCUUUAAUCCUACUGAUAGGGUAAACAUUCAGAAAAUUCCCAUCCCGCGGCAACCUAUGGAAGAUAAAUUGAUCUGGGAUAAGGAAAAGUCAGGGAGAUAUUCUGUGAAGUCAGCCUACAGACUAUGGGAAGACAGAAACAUUGAAGAGGAAGGAGAGCUCUACACCCUUGUUAACUGGAAGAGGUUUUGGAACUUGAAAAUCCCCCCAAAGGUAAAGAUAUUUGUGUGGAGAUGGCUGAAUAACAUAAUCCCUACAGGAGCACGAAUUUUUGAUCGAAUGCAGAAGAGUAGUGAAGGGUGCCCCUUUCGCGAUUUAAGGGAGACGCAAGAACACAUUUUCCAUCAAUGUGAUUGGGUUCGACGAGUCUGGAGAUAUAGCCCUAUGAACUCCUGUGUAGAAAGGGGGGAAGUUCUCACCUCUGAAGAGUGGUUCUGCGAACUCCAGGAGACUGAAUCUGAUGAGAAGCUCGGCGAAUUCUUGGUUGCCCUCUGGUUUAUAUGGGAUCAGCGAAAUUGCUAGCUGUGGAAUAAGAAGAAGUUAGAGGAAUGGGAAAUUACACCACGAGCAAAUGAAUGGCUACAAGAUUACCUGGAGAAGCAAGAGCAGCAUCAACCGGCCAAACCAUCUGCGAAUCGGCGGUGGCAACCACAAAUAACGGCCCCUGUGAAGAUAUCGGUCAAUGCUACAUGUAUGGCUGGUCGAGGAACUGGAUGGGGAGCGGUGGUUCAAGAGAGAGAAGGGGGAUUCAGGUUCGCUGCGAUGAGAAGGUCUAGGGUGCAAUGGAACCCAGAGGAAGCGGAAGCCAUGGCUAUUGGUUUUGGUUUAGAGCUGGCAAGAAGGCUGGGUGUUAGGGAAAUGACGAUUGUUUCGGAUUGCUUGGGAGUGGUUCAGCAAUUGCGAAGAGAUGAAGAUAGGGAGACAAAAUUUGGGCUCAUCUGUGAAUCAUUUACUUGGUGGAUUCAUGAAGAAUUAUUAUGGCGUGGGGUUAAUGGUUGGUGGAAGGUGACGUGUCUGUGUGUUCAAAAGGGAAGGAUUAAAGGGCAUGAAUUAAAUGGACACGUGAAGACGAGAAAAAGAGUUUCCGAAGCCAUCGAUGAAAACAAAAUUUCCAUUCCGCAAACGAAAUGGAAGAAUUCAUCACGUGUUUAUGUGUUUAAUUAGUAGUUUUCUUUUUUUGUUAAAGUAGUAUUAAGUUACCUAGUUAAUUUGGGAUUUGUUUACCGAUUCCUUUCAGGUUAGAUAUAUUUUUUUGAGACCUCUAUAAAUAGAGGGUGUAAGAUCUACGAAUUUGGUACCCAAUAUUCAAGUUAUCAAUUAAGAGUGUUCGCUCAUGUUCCUUUGUGAACGUUUGUGCAAGCUUCUAUCUAGAGUCUCCAGGAGUUUCACUUGUCUCUUAUCAACUAGAGAACGUGUCUAGUUGUCGCGAGCAUCUACCAGAUAGCGAUUGGCCUUAUCCACGAGUGGGUGAUUGUUUGAUUGGUUUCAUAUACCAAUUGGCCCUUCACACGAGUUGGGAUAUGUUUGAUCGUGUUCCAUAAUCUAUCCUUUAUUUUCAAGUUGUCAAGAAAAGCUUCGAAAAUUCCAGAAGAAAGGUUGUGUACUUUGGUCAUAUCAUCCGAGUUUGAGGGUUCUCUUCGGAUUUGGAUCACAUCAUCUAGAGGUUUCUUUGUAAUCUCUCAUCACUCUCUCUAGAAACUCACCCUCUUCUCUUGGGAUUAAGAACCCUAGGUCUAGAUUUUGGUUUGUUGUUGAUGUAUGUGACAACUUACUAGUUUGAUUGAUGAUUUUAUCUAAUUGAUGGAUGUUUUAAUGAAUGGCAUGAGUUAAU